AUGAGUGUUAUCUACCUGAAAAAAUAUUUUUAUACAUUUCAGUGUUUGAUGGUAACUUGGUACAUUCCAUGUGAUUUUCACUUUUAUGUUAUCGCUGUGAUUGUGUUCGUGCUUUAUAAACGAUGCCGGAGAUUGGGUAAAGUCAUUUUCUAUGCUCUGACUGCUGCCUCUCUUAUUAUACCAGGAGUUAUCAACUAUGUUAAUGGAUUUCACCCCAUACAACUCUUCACAUAUGAAUUCCUGUGGAAUACUCAUAGCCAUAAACAGUUUUACAUAUUCUACAUAAAAAGUCACAACAGGGCGGCGGCUUACAUAGUUGGAUUUAUUGCAGGGUGUCUGUUCAAUAAAUAUAGAUCAAUGGAAAAUUUCAAGCUUACACAGGCAAGGUCUUUGAUUUACGUCUUUGUAGGUUUUAUAGUGAUGGUACUCACAGCUUUCCUUGGAGUAUCAUACCAGCACAGAAACUAUUCACAGCUGGAGGGCACUCUAUACGUGACGCUGAACAGGCCUGUUUGGGCAGUUGGUGUUGCAAUAAUUAUACUAACUUGCUGCUUUGGUAAAGUUCCAUUGGUGAACAGUUUCUUAGAAUGGUAUCCAUGGGUGCCACUCAGCCGUUUAGCUUACGGAAUAUAUCUUGUCCACUACAUAAUCAUCAUGAGGAACGUUGGCAUUUCCAGACAGUCUUUGUACUAUGACAAUUUUAAUAUUGUAAGUUUUCAUUAA